ACAGCGGGAUCAGAAACGUCAACAACAACAACAACAGCCACAACAACCGGGGGUGGGCGAGUGAAUGAAACGUCGCGACUUCGGCUAUCUUGGGGUUGCAAGUGUGAACUGGGCAAGAGCUGGACUGGGUAGGAGUCGUGGGGAGUUGGUGGUGAGGAGAGACGGGGCAGCGUCAUGCACCAGUGGAGGAGCAUUCUGGUGCUGGGUGGAAUGAUCCUCGUGGUGUGUUAUGCACUGGAGGAGCUGUCAGCCGCCACAGAGUGUGGAAAUGGAUUCUACAAAUCGCCACAAGGAGUCUGCUGUGAGCUGUGCCGUGCAGGGAUGCACAAAGUGGCGGACUGCAUCGGUGAUGGAAUGGGCGCCUUUUGUGACCCGUGCCCUAGAGGCAGAUUCAUGGACAGAGACAACCAGGAGGAGGUGUGCUCGCAAUGCAGCAGCUGUGGACCAGGCGAGGAGGUGGCUGUGAACUGCUCCAUGGCCCAGGACACGGUGUGUCGGUGCACGGAGGGGCUCCAGAGAGAUGGCGACUCGGGAAUGUGUCUGCUUGAGGAGCGGCACCCAGACUCCACGUCAGUCGUGUUGGCGGCAGUCCUCAUCGUCGUCCUGACUACACUCGUGUUGUUCAUAGUUUACUUCAACAUGAAGCAGAUGGGGUUGACUUUUAAAACGAUGGUGAAGCGAUCAGACACUCAUACAAAUAACGAGCAUGAUGAAAAUCUACCGCUUGUUAUCGUGCAAAAUGAACACAAGGUGCCAUAUGGAGUUCAGAGGAGCAAUGAGAGCAGCGAGACAAUGCAACAGAUCCGAGAGAACAAAGAGAAACUCAAGGCCUGGAUCGGAGCGGAUCCAUCGGCCUUCCUGGAGCAUCUCAACGGCUUCAAAUUGAUUCCACGACACGUGCACCAAGCGGCCGUCGACAAGGGCGGAGAGGAGAGUGUGGAGCUCGUUCUGGACCACUUCAUCAGCCAGGGAGAGGCACGCUGUGAGACGCUGUGGGACUCCCUCUACUCUGUGAGGAAGCAAUACGUGCAGCUGUGGAAGUGGAUUCAGACACACGGUGAGGCAUUGAGGGCCAUUCGAGAUAAGGAGUCGGAUCUGAAGCUCUGGAUCGCCAGAGACCCCAAGCAUCUUCUGCUGCAGCUCAUGAGUCGGGGACAAAUCCCGAACGAGCUCUUCACCGAGGCCAAGGGCAUCCGGGAUGGCGCGGAGUGCACGGAGCUGCUGCUCAACUUCUUCAUAGAGAGAGGGAAUGACGACUGCCUCAAGCUGCUCUUUGCCCUGCAGGCCGUGCAGAACGAUUAUCCUGGACUCAAGGAGUGGCUGGGAGGCCUUGACUUCCUCCGGAGACUCUCCAACAAGUCCCCCCUGGUUCUGAACAAGUACAGCGACUUUGUCCUCCGAGACAAAAUCCGCUUCAAGACGAGGGUGCUGCUCAGGGCACUGCACGACGACCUGACGCCUCUGCUCUCCCAACUGCAGAUCAGGAACAUCCUCACCGACAACAGCGUGCGGGCCGUGAAGGAGAUGCAAGCUCGGCAGGGCAGCGAGAAGGCGACACAGCACAUGGUGGAGCUGGUGAUGGCGAGGGGGCGACCCAGGGUCAAGCAGUUCUGGGAGGCGCUGUGGGACCUCAGGGAAAGUUACCCAGACCUGGAGUACGUCUUUGAGAAGUUCUAAUCUCGUUUGGGAGAGAGGUGGCGGAGUGGUUAGCACCGUGUAAUAACCGCUGCAUUGAGACACCCAAAUUAUAUCGACACAUUUUAACGAGCGUUCACGACAAUUGCAUCUCACAAUUGCUGAGGCAAGAAAUUAAUUCGCUCGGCUGAUAUGCAGGAGGUCUUGGGUUCGAUCCUGACUGACGGCUGCUGUGUACAGGUAGUCCUCUACUUACGAUGGAGAUGUGUAAGGACGACCCCAUCGUAAGUCAAAAAUAUCGUA